UAUGUCAGCAGCCAAAGUGGGCAGUCCCGUGUUCCGCUCUCGUGUGUCACGUCAAAAAAAAAAUUGCACAUCGCCUAGAAGGCUUAAGGAAUAGUCAUCAGUCGGGGCAACGGAGGGCGGCGAUGCGUUCCAUUCAAUAGUUAUGAUUUAGGUUAUAAUACAAUACGUUCAUACUCCUGGAUAAAUAUUCCAAGGUAGGCGUUAUUCGGCUUGCAGACGAGGCAUUGAGAGAGGAAUCGAGUGCGAGAAACAAGGAGAGAGAUGGCUGCAGCCGCAGCUUUGGGUGUCGAUCCGUGGGUGAUCCAGCCACGGGAACGCGCUCGAUAUCAGGAGCAAUUCAAUUCUCUCAAACCGGUGAAUGGGAUCGUUACAGGAGAGCAAGCGAAAGGCUUCUUUCUACAGUCACAGUUGCCACCUAUGACUCUUGGACAGAUAUGGGGCUUAUCAGAUACGGAUGCUGAUGGAAAAAUGGACGUGAAUGAAUUCAGUAUUGCUUGCAAGCUGAUCAACUUGAAGUUGCGUGGUUUCGAAAUCCCAAGUGCACUCCCACCAACUUUGAUUCGAAGUCUGAAAUCGGUAACCAAUGAUGGGAACGUCGUUAACCUUUUGAACGGUGGUAACUUGAAUGGGAUUACAUCUGCACAGCCUAUGGGAAUGAGUUUUGUGCCUGGAAGUGUAUCACAAAAUCUCACAGGCUUAAAUGGAUCUGCUUCACAGCCAAUGCGGCCACUUCCACCCAUGUCGAUGUCAAUGGCCUCACAUCAGAACAAACAGUGCGUGGCUCCCAGUACACACAUGGUUCAUAAUUAUGCGUCAUCAAAGCCCCCUGCUCGACCUGCACCCCCUUCCAUGGUAGGAACACUUCUUGAUUUAUCCUUCGAUUCUUCACCACUAAUGGUACCUGCCAGACUUGCCAAUUUCAUUUCCUCGGGAACCACUAACUCUGCUUCAGCUCCUGGUCCACCACAAAGACCUGCACCACCGUCAUCUAUUGGUACAGUACCAUUGAUUGGUGGCCCCCCACCAAAACCAGCCCCUCCAUCAUUUCCAAAUAGUCCGGUCAACAUGGGUAUGUCACCAAUUAAAAUGCAGCCGUCCGCAGGAUCCAUUAUUCCUCCUAUCCAACCAGUACAGCCUAUGACUGCAUCAGCACCGAUGGACUUGUUCGAGUUUGAUUUCUCUCAAGCUUUUGGAAUGAGCAGCGUGAUGCCAAUACAACCCGCAAUGAUACCUCCUAUGUCUGCCCCAACGAUGGCACCUAUUGCAUCUGUUGCACCUAUGGCUUCAGGCAUCCCAAUAUCUGCUCCAAUCAGCAGCAUUCCUUUAGCGCCAGUGCAACAAAUCAUGGGAAAUCCUCCAGUUGCGCCCAUAGUCCCAUCGUCAGUUAACGGAAAUCCAACACCCGUAUCUACGAAUUCUCCACUCAGUACAACGGCUAGACCUCCAAGCAUAGACAGAGUUGGUUCACUUGAUUCUCAGCAUAGCCAGCAUUCCGCAGGUUCACCACAGGUCGAGUGGGCAGUGCCUCAUCAAACAAAAUUGAAGUAUACGCAGCUAUUCAACACUUGGGAUCGUACCAGAUCCGGAUUUCUCUCGGGACCACAAGCCAGAAAUAUUAUGGUUCAGACACAGCUGCCUCAGGGCAUCUUAGCCCAAGUAUGGGCUUUGGCCGAUAUGGAUGCUGAUGGACGAUUGGGUUGCGAUGAAUUUGUCCUAGCCAUGCACUUGUGUGAUAUGGCUAAGGCUGGUGAAAAAAUUCCCACAGUUUUACCAAUUGAACUCAUUCCUCCCACAUUCAGACGACAACGACAAGGUAGCGUUACAUCCCAAGGUACAUCAGAGAAUAUUGAUCCAUCCGCUGGCAUGCCACAGACGUCUUUCGAAAACAAGAGAAAAGAAAACUUUGAAAAGGGGCAGGCUGAAUUGGAGCGUAGACGCAAAGCACUUUUAGAGAUACAACGAAAGGAACAAGAGGAACGUGAUCGUAAGGAAAGAGAAGAAGCUGAAAAACAAGAGAAAAUAAGGCUGGAACAGGAAAGGAGACGACAGGCAGAAAUUGAAAAGCAAAUGCUUCGGCAGAAGGAAAUUGAACAAGAGAAGGAAGAGCAAAGAAAACGGGCACAAGAGCAACGGGAGGCUGCAAGGAAAGAAAUGGAAAGACAGCGACAAUUAGAAUGGGAGAAGCAAAAAUCUCAAGAACUUCAGGCACAAAGGCAGAAGGAACAAGACGUACUUCUUAAACUCAAGGCCAAGAAUCAAGGGCUUGCUAUCGAAUUGGGAACUCUGAAUGAAAAAGUGAAGGAGCUCUCACAGAAAAUAUGUGAUACUCGUGUGGGUGUUUCUGGUGUGAAAACUACGAUCGACGGUAUGCGUUCAACGCGUGAUUCUCAACUUCAAGAAAUGUCAGCGCUGAAAAAUAAAUUACGGGAGCAAAAUCAAAGACUGCUUUCGUUGAGUCAGGAAAAAGCAAGAAUUGAAGCUAAGAAUAAGUUGAACAAUGCUCAAGAUGUUGCUGGGCAGGAGGCAGUAAAGAUGGCUUUUGCUAGUAAACAAAUAACGUUGAAACAAAUGAAAGAUAAAAUUGCGGACUUACAGCAACAGAUAAACGAUAAGAUGACAGAUAUUGAAAACAACAACAGCCAACUUGAUGACAUAAAAAAGCAAAUGAAAAAUCUUCUUACCGAAUGUGCGCAGAUCUAUAAAUCAUUCGAAGACAAAAAAACAAAAGUUACCGAUUUGCGAGCUUGCAGUGGCAAUGCAGAUUUUGCCACUUCUACCUGGGGAGACAGCGCCUGGGGUGAUACUGGUACUGUAAAUACAGACUCGUGGCCAGUGGACAAUGCUUCAGUGACACAUGCAACGAUUACUGGAGAUAAUACUGGCGCUGUGAAGUACAGAGCUUUAUAUGAAUUCGUGGCGAGAAAUCAAGACGAGAUAUCUUUCCAGCCCGGUGAUAUAAUCCUAGUGCCACCAGUCCAAAAUGCCGAGCCAGGUUGGAUGGCUGGUGAAAUACGUGGCCACACAGGUUGGUUUCCGGAAUCUUAUGUCGAACCAGUGGAAGUUGAUACUGUGAUUAGCAGUGACAACGCUUUCAUCCAACAAGACAGUGUUGAGAAGCGAACCCUGGAAGGUAUCGCCGAAGUUCCUGAAAAUGUAUCUGACGCCGGAUCACUUGGUGGUGAAGGUCCAGCUGUUGAGGCAGUUAUUCCAACUUUAGGUUUAGGCUCAGUUUGCAACUUACAAGCUAUUGCUUUGUACCAGUAUCGCCCGACAGUUCAGCAACAUCUCUCUUUCAACAAAGGAGAUACAAUCAAUGUCACAGAGCAGCAGGACGAUUGGUGGUAUGGUGAAGUCAACGGUACAGAAGGUUGGUUCCCGAAGUCUUACAUUAAAACAACUACGCCUGUCCGAACUGAGGUAUCAUCGCCAAUUGGUAUUCCUACUGAAUAUUAUAUCGCGCUGUACCCGUAUGCAUCAAACGAAACUGGAGAUCUGAGUUUUAAUCAAGGCGAGGUGAUGAUGGUAACAAAAAAAGAAGGCGACUGGUGGACAGGCGUUAUAGGAGAUCGUACCGGAAUUUUUCCAUCCAAUUAUGUCGAGAAGUGCGACAACCCUGAUCAGGUUGUCGUUGUGCCUGAUAAUACUUCCGAAGUAGUGUCAGCUGUACCGGCCCCUGAAUCGACUCCGGUACCAGAUGUUCAAGAAAAAAUUUCGGAACCACCCACUGCUGUUACUUCAGCUCAAGGAACGCCGCUACAGGAAAAAACGAAGGAACAGCUCGAAGAUGAGAGAGCUGAGGCGGAAGACAGAGCAGAGUUACCAGAUUUUGCUGCUAUGUCGGCGCAACAGUCCGAGGACCUCGGGAGCGACACUGACUCUAAGCCAUCCACGCCGCAGUACCCCAAGGCAAGAGGUAAAAAACCUGAAAUCGGACAAGUCAUCGCUCCAUACCAGGCGACUAGUCCAGAGCAAUUGAAUCUCCAUAGAGGACAGCUCAUCAUGAUCAGGAAAAAGACGGAAACUGGCUGGUGGGAAGGAGAGUUACAGGCUCGUGGCCAGAAACGUCAAAUCGGUUGGUUUCCUGCAUCUUAUGUCAAGCUAUUAGGAAGUAACAGUAAUCGCAGCACACCAAUUUCCCAUAGAUAUCAAGAUUCGCCCACUGAUCCCAAUGUUGAGCGGGUGAUGGCUUUAUACCCAUAUCAAGCUCUAAAUGAGGAUGAAUUGAGUUUCGAGAAAGGAGACGUUAUAACUGUUCUUGCUAAAGAGGAUGCCGCCUGGUGGAGAGGCGAGAUGAAUGGGGUAUCAGGAGUAUUUCCUAGCAACUAUGUUUCUCCGAUGUCCAGCGAUGUAAUACGUGAUGUUAUGUUUGAACUGCUCGAUGAAACAGAAAGGAAACGUCAGGAACAUAUCAAAGAGCUCAUUGCAACUGAACAAGCAUACAUUGAAGACAUGACUCUGGUUCACGAGGUCUUUGAGAAACCGUUACUUCAAAGUAUGGUACUGACUGUAGACGAAGUUGACAAGAUAUUUGUCAAUUGGCGGGAUAUUAUAGUGUGCAAUGACAAUUUCUUGAGAACAUUGAGAAUACGAAGGGACAACAGCGAUGGUGGAAUUAUAAGAAUGAUUGGUGACAUAUUGUGUGAAAAUAUCCCGAGGAUGUCGGCAUAUGUUAGAUUCUGUAGCUGUCAGCUUUCCGCGGCAACGUACCUUCAGCAACUUACUGAAAAAUCAUCAGAAUUCGUUGAGGUUGCCGCGAUGUGUCAACAGGACCCAAGAACAAAGGGAAUGCCACUGAGUUCGUUUCUCAUUAAACCCAUGCAAAGAAUUACCAAGUACCCACUGAUUAUUAACAAGAUUCUCGAAUAUACUCCUGCCUCGCAUCCUGACAGGCAAUAUCUUCAAGAAGCGUUGGCGAAAGCAGAAGAAUUUUGCACACAGGUAAAUGAGGGCGUCAGAGAAAAAGAAAAUAGCGACAGACUCGAAUGGUUACAACAGCAUGUGACUUGCGAUGGAUUAGAAGAACAACUGAUAUUCAACUCACUGACGAAUUCUCUUGGACCUAGAAAAUUUUUGCAUCAUGGAAUACUGCACAAAGCGAAAAGCGGCAAAGAACUCGUUGGAUUCCUAAUGAAUGAUUUUAUCCUGUUUGUUCAACCAACAAAAUCUUUACCAUCUGGACAGCAAUUUUCCUUUGAGAGAAAUGCUAAUCAAAAAUUUAAAUUGUACAGAAAACCAACGUUUCUGAAUGAAUUGUCCAUACUGGUAGAAUCAGAAGUUAACGGAAAUGAUACGUCUGACAACUCUAGAACGAUUCGCUUAAGGGAUUCAAAGAAAACUAUUAUUUUGUUAGCACCAUCUGCUAGUGAAUGUUCUUUGUGGAUAAAGCGAAUAACUGAAGCCAGAAGAGCCUAUUUGGAAAAUGAAAAAAAUCACCUUCAACGGCAGCGGUCGAAGCAGGCGCAGUUUGCUGCGUGUGGGCGAAUUCUUGUUACUGUACUCGAAGGGUCGAGUAUCAAAGCAUUAUCUGUUCGCAGGAGACCCCCAAAGGGCCGUCUCAGACUAGUUGUCAGGGAAGCAGAAGAUCUCUGUCCCACUAAACCAGGAAAGUACAACACGUUCUGCAAAGUAUCAAUGGGAUCACAAGAGGAGAGAACGCAAGUUGUAUCAGGAACUAACUGUCCAUUGUGGGAUACGUCAAUGCAGUUCCAAGUCAAAGACUUACACGAGGAUACUUUGUGUAUAACUGUUUUUGACAAGGGAUAUUAUAGUCCGGACGAAUUCCUUGGACGUGCCGAAGUUCGAGUAUCUGACAUAAUGAGAGAUAGCAGAGAUUCUUGUGGGCCAAUUCAGAAAAGAAUUAAGCUACACGAAGUUGAAACUGGAGAAGUUGUGUUAAAGUUAGAUCUACGUCUCUUCAACAAUUUUGCGUAGGAAUCACAUGAGUGGAUUAGACGUAAGAUUUUUCAAUUGAUACUUCCGGAAUCAUGACAUUAUAGUAAUACUAACAGAGUAUGAUAUUCAGUUUACAUAAUCAAAAACACAUUACUUUUUUUUUAUAAAAUAAUGUCCACACUUUGCAAUUCAAAGGUUUUUCCCUUGCAAACAAUUCAAUGUUUCGAAAGGUAUCAUAUAUUUGUUUGAAGCUUGCAUUGUACAUUUUGUA